UCACCUCACCUCAUCAGCUGGUUCUGGUUCGUCCUCUCAGUUCAUUUCUAGGUUAAGUGUGUGACUAUAGUUCACGUGGGUAAAUAAAUGCCCUCAGACAUUCUAUCGCUCCAGUACUUCACUUGAAAACAUCAGCCCUUUCAACCUGUCUUUGGAAUCUCAAGCUCACAAACUGGCCGGUCUGUACAGCUGCGGCAGGGUUGCCCUGACCGAAUUGCAGUCUUGGCUUUUCUACCAAUGGAUUCCAUCUUCUGACCUUGAAUGUUUCUGUUCUUUCUGCUGACAAUUGUCUUCUUUUGUUUGGAUCUGUGAAACCUCAGUCAUGUCGGACGGGUUCCGAGCCAGGGACAUCGGUCUGCGGGCUCAGAAGAAGAUCUUGGGCCGGAUGGCUACCAACAAGAAUGCCCGUAAGAUAUUCAUAGAUGACAACACUGCUAGUCUGCUGGACAACUUGUACAAGCUGGUAUUGGAAUAUACCAAAAACAAAAAAGAAACAGAGAAGAUUAUGAAAAACAUAAUCAAGACUGUGAUCAAAGUCGGAGUGCUUUUCCGCAAUGAUGAGUUCAACACGACAGAUCUCGAGUACGCUGAGAACUUUAAAGUUAAGUUCCACACGGUUGCGAUGGCCAUACUGAGCUUUCACGGGGUCGACUUCAUGUACGAUCGCCAGUUCUUGGUCUUGAAUCUCACAGAAGCCCAUGCUAACCUGAAAAGACUCGUUCAGAAUCACCUCAAAGACAAGAGUCUGCAGAGGAUAGACGCAGUCUUUGAGUUCUUCUCCAAUCCUCAGUUCCUCGACACUAUUUUCAAGCGAGACUCGCAAAGGUACAAGGAGAUUCUCGACAACUUAGUGGAGGAUAUCAAUUUCGCAAUGGACGAAAACAAUUUGUAACUGCAUUUCCCCCUGUGAUUUCCAACCGAAUUAAGUUAAAAUGCAAACUAAAAUACCCAGUCACAAAGUGAAAUUUUU